AUGUCAGAAGAAGACGUUAAUAAAAGCAAUGUGAUGGUGGAAUCAGUAGAUUUGAAACAAGAAUCUGUGAAGAAUCAAGAUGAUGGUUUAGAUCGUAAGACAUUAUUUGUUCGUUCAAUACCGUUUGAAGCUACAUCGGAAGAAUUAUCUGAAUUUUUUUCACAAUUUGUGCCAGUUAAACAUGCUGUCAUAGUUACUGAUAACGAAAGAAAAAGUAGAGGUUUUGGAUUUGUUUCAUUCACUUUAGAUGAUGAUUGUUUAACAGCAUUAGUUGAGAGUAGAAAGACAAAAUUCAAAGACCGUCUUUUAAGAGUUGAUGUUGCCAAAAGAAGGGAUAGAAAACCACAAGAAGGUAAUGAACGACAAGAAAAGAGUCACGUGGAGCCAAUUGAGAAAAGAAGAGCAAGAUUGAUUAUCCGUAAUUUACCUUGGUCUUGUAAAAAACCCGAUGAGUUGAAAAAAAUCUUUAGUAAAUAUGGUGCUGUUUUUGAUGCAUAUAUUCCUAAGAAAAAAGGUGGACAAAUGUGUGGGUUUGCCUUUGUUAUUAUGAAGAAAAACUCAGCUGCUGAAAAGGCAGUCGAAGGUUGUCAAGGAUUAAAGAUUGAUGGUAGAGAAGUUGCAGUGGAUUUUGCUGUUGAAAAAUCGAAAUGGGAGCAAAUGAAAGAUGAAGAAGUAGAGGAAGAAGAAGACAAUGAGAGCAGUGAGGAAGAAGAAGAAGCAGAUUCCACAAACAAAGAUGAGAAUGAUGAAGAAGAAGAAGAUAAGGAUGAUGAAUCAGAUAAUGAUGAUGCUAGUUCAGAAUUCGAUGAAUUGAAUGAAGUGAAUUCUGACAAAGAAUUAGACAGCUUUGACGAGGAAAUGGAAGAACCAGAGAAAAAGGAGGAGUCACUGCAUCCUAAAAAGAAAAGUAACAGACAAGAACCAUUCUCCAUUUUUGUGCGUAACAUUCCAUACGAUGCUGAUACCGAAUCUUUGAAAGAACAUUUCAGCACAUUUGGAACUGUCAAAUAUGCUUUACCAGUUGUCGACAAAGAAACCGGAUUGGCCAAAGGUUCUGCGUUUGUGGCAUUUGCUAAAGAAGACGCUUAUUUGGACUGUCUUGACAAUGCUCCAACUGUUGCAUCUACUUCUAUGUUGAUUGCAGACGAUGUGUCUCCAUCAUAUGUAUACCAAGGUAGAAUUUUGUCGAUUGCUUCAGCUGUUGAUAGAGAUUCGGCUAGUAAAUUGGCUGAUAGAAACUCAUUAAAGAGAAAAGAAGCUUUGGGUAAAGCACCAGGUGAAAAAGAUAAAAGAAACUUGUUUUUAUUAAACGAAGGUAGAAUCACAGAAAAUUCAAAACUUGCUCAAUAUAUCUCAAAAACUGAUUUAGAAUUGAGAGAAAAAUCAUACAAAUUGAGAACCCAACAAUUGAAGAAAAAUCCUACUUUACAUUUAUCGUUGACGAGAUUGGCAAUAAGAAACUUGCCUAGAGCCAUGAAUGCAAAGGCAUUGAAAGCCUUGGGGAGAAAAGCUGUUGUCCAAUUUGCCACUGAGGUGAAGGAAGGCAAGAGACAACCACUUUCAAAAGAAGAGGUGAAUAGAUCUGUUAAGUUCAAACAUUCAAUUUACGGAGCUGAUGCCGAGGAAGAGAUUGCCAAAUCAAAGAAUUCAAAACAUAAAGGUGUUGUUAAACAAGCCAAAGUUAUUAUGGAAGUCAAGGGAUCAGGUGAAAUAGGUCGUAGUAGAGGUUAUGGUUUUAUAGAAUUUAGAGAUCAUAAAGCUGCUUUGAUGGGAUUGAGAUGGUUAAACGCUCAUGAGGUGUCCAUACCAGAAAUUUUAGAAGGAUUGACAGACGAAGAAAAGAAACUCGCUGAGUUAGAGGGUUUAAACAAAAGAAGACUAAUUGUUGAAUUUGCCAUUGAAAAUGCUCAAGUUGUCAAGAGAAGAAGGGAAAAGGAAAUGAUUGCUCGUAAUCAGAAUAAAGAUAACAGCAAAAAGAGAAAAAGAGAUGAUAACGAAGAAGAAGACAAUGGUGAUGCGGAGUCUACCUCAAAGGGUAAGAAAUUUGGAUCAUCUGAUAAGAAACAAAAGAAAGCUAGAAAAGGUUCUCAGAAGAAAGGUAACAUGAAUAAAGGAGCACCAAAAUCAGAAGAGCUGCAAAAAGAACCUACGAACAAAUCUGGUCUCUCAGAAAACGUGAAAAAGAUCAUUGGUUUGAAAAGAAAGAGAAGAAAGUCAAAGAAGUAA